AUGCCACCAGAAAAGAAAAGUGAUGGGGAUGUAGGAAGGGAUCCUUUAGUUCCUGACUGGGUAAAACCAGAGGUCUUUGAGGAUUUACUCAAAAAACAGGUGCCCAAUUUCAAAAAGACUAAAGCCCUGAGGGCUAAGGCAGCGCUCUCCGCUGGGGAGAACUAUGCCACUGUAAUGCUGCGAGUGGAACUAGAUGUGGAAACUAAAGAUAAUUCAGUCCAGACUAGAGCCUUCAUGUUAAAAGCGCCGCACCAAUCGGAAGCGUAUAGACAGAUUCUGGAAGAAAGGGACAUUUUCGAAAUAGAGCGAGGAAUGUACUUGGAAGUGGUUCCCGAAAUGGAGCAAAUGUAUCGUAAUGUGGGAGUGGAGGUCAAGUUCGGGGCAGAGGCUUAUGAGAUACCCGCGAGCGACUACUAUGUCCUGCUGGAGGACCUUAGGCCGCGAGGCUUCCGAAACGCAGAUCGCCUCAAGGGCUUAGACCAGUCACACACCGAGAGUGUUCUGCGAAAACUGGCCCAGUGGCACGCUGCCUCUGCAGUUCGGGUAGAUACCAAAGGACCCUAUAAUGAGAAAUACACGGCGGGAUUCUUCAAAAACAAGCAUUUUACAGAUGUUUUCCUCAACGGCAGCGUCAAGACAUUGCUACAGCACGUUCAUAACUAUGAAGGCCAUGAAGCUUAUAUAAAAGAUUUGAAAAAGGUGUCGGAUAAAGUAAUCGAAAUUAUGGAUAACUUAAAUGAUCCAAAGCCGGACGAAUUUAACGCCCUUAACCACGGCGAUGGUUGGUCAAAUAAUAUAAUGUUCCAGUAUAAUGGGAAGAACGAACUCGCCAACACAUAUUUCGUGGACCUCCAAGUCCCCAAAUGGGGAACAGUGGCCCAGGAUCUGUACUACUUCUUGAUUUCCUCAACGAGCCUAGAUGUUAAACUCUCAAAGUUCGACUAUUUCAUUUGGUUCUAUCACUCGGAAUUGGUAAAACACUUGACCCUCUUAAACUAUUCAAAGCCAUUGCCAACUUUGAGGAGUAUUCACGAGGCUCUUAACAAAUAUAGUGGUUGGGCCUUUAUAUGUUCUGCCAGCAUAUUGGGGUUUGUACUGCUGGACCCCACAGAUGACGCUAGUUUCGAAAAUGUAAUGGCAGAGGAUGCCAACUUCAAGAAGUCAAUCUUCACCAACCCCAGGUACAAGAAGCAUAUGGAAGCUCUUCUACCAUGGUUGAAACACCGGGGAGCUCUUGAAUGA